CAACGGUGAAUCUCAUACGGUCUCCACGGAAACUUACAAAACUUUACUUGUCGUCUGUGCAAUGUACCAACAUGGAAAUGUAUUCUCUAACACAUUUUGGCAGAAAACAGAGAGAAAUCACCGACAUCGACAAGAAGAAGUUUGAAACGGUUUACGAGCUAUGUGAUACGGACAAGAAAGGCUACCUGAACAGAGAAGACCUAAAAAUGGCGGUGGUCAUGCUGUUUGGAUAUAAACCAUCAAAGUCUGAAACCAACAUGUUAAUGGAUCAAGCCCAGGCAAAAUAUUCACCAGGGGUGUGUAUAGAGAUGUUUGUGUCUCUCAUGGAGAGGAAGUUGUCAUCAGAUGACCAGUACCAGAAGACCAGACAGAUCUUCAACGCCUUUGAUGUGAACUGUCGUGGUUUCCUGAAGCUGGAGGACUUUAGAGCAGCCUUCAGUAGAGUGGCUCCUCGUCUGCCUGAGAGGACUGUCCUGGAGGCCUUCAGGCUGGCAGAUCAGGAUAGUGACGGCCAUGUGAGCUUCAGAGACUUUGAGUGUGUCAUCAGCUAUGGACAGGCCAACAGCUAACUGAGAGUGGACACUCCCUUCCUCUCUCCUCCCUCUCUCUUCCCUGGACUGGACAGCUUCGUUCUGGCCAACAUCUAAGAAAAAUCAGGCUUGGAUCCACAGUGAGGGAAACUAUGGAACAACUUGUGCAGGAGGCAUUUUGGAGCCCACUGUUGACGUGCUUCUGGCCCACCUCUGCUACUUUGACAGAGAACCAGUGACCCAGCCAGCUCUCUCUCCCUAUUUCCCCUCUCCUUUCUCUCUCUCUCUAAACCCCAUUAAGCAGGUCCCGUCCAAUAAUUCCCCACUCUCCCAAAUGCACUUUCACCUGAGAAAGAGCGAGCGAGAGGGGGAGUGAGAGAGAUAGAGAGAAGAGAAGGGAUGAAGGGGUAGGUUGCAUCCAAAUUGAAUAUUACCCCUGGUAGUAAUAAGAUUGGAUUUUUAAUCAGGCAGGGCUCCAGGACGGCCCUAGCUGCGCCUGUAUAGUGUAUUAUAAAGCCCCGGUGAACAGGGUCAAAUUCAUUAGUGCACAAAGUAGUAAAACGCUUUGCAAUGGAACAUGAAAACAAGUGCUUCUUAUUUGACAUGUUCAGGUAGUCCCUCCCUGUUUCAGUCCAUUUGGUGCCUGAUGAACAGGACCCAGGGCUGCUGCUCCAGAGGGGAUUGGCCAGCGCUCCUCUUGUUCCUGCCGAUUACAGGACUGUAAAUACAAUGUUUGUGUUUGGGAGAGAUUUACGACGAUGGCACUCCCGUCUGAAUAAAGAUUCAUUUGUUUUUGUAAUCAAAGUACCCGAGUAUUGGAUCUGAGCGACGUAGAGAGACGCAAGUGCACACACGGCAUACAAAUGCAUACACACACACACACACACACACACACACAGUCAAAAGCUUACAUGCACACUCAUAUAAACACGCAUACAUUGUUGUAUAAACGCAAACAGUCUCGCACACUUGUAUACGCACACACUCUCAAAUCUCUCUCACACACACACACACACACACACACUGAGACUGACACACUCAAUUACUCUCUCUUGCUCUCACACAUUUGUUUGUCUCUUGUAUCUAUCAGAGAGGACUCAGGGGGCUGCGAAUAAGGAAAUGCACUUGAAGGGAAAUAUAAUCAAGCAGUUGUUUAAUCAAAUACAGUAAUUGUCUAAUCCAGCCGCCGUCUCAUCUUGAGGAAGCAGCGGUAGCAGCAUCCGAUACGUACUGGGACAAUACACUCUAAUCCACUCUCUUACUGGAUUAAACCAAUCCUCCCAUUCAUUCUACACAACAUCGGUGUACGGAGAAAGAGGGAGCGAGGACGGAGAGAGGGAGGGGGAUCAAGAGAAGCUAUGAGGUAGAGAAGGAGAAAGGAACUGAUACAGAGACAUGAACGGAGAGAUAGGGGAAAGCUUGGAAAAGAUGGAGAGAAACACGGGAGAGAGGAACAGAUAUAGCUACAGAAAUGGGGAGAAAUUGAGAAAGAGGCAGAGAUGAUAGCAGAGGUUGUCCAGUAGCAGAGGUUUGGCAUGGGUGGGAGGCAGCGAAGGAUGCAUGCUGCUCCAUUGUGCUGCUGUUGCAGGACACUGACUUGGCUGAAACCACAGCGCACACAGGCUCUGUCUGGCUGAUUUAGGUGUCCUUGUAUCUUUUUAUUUGGCCAUUCCUCACACUCUCUUUCCAUCCAUCCCUGUCUCCUCCUGUCUUCUGCCCAUGCCAACCCACUGUUGGAGAAACUGGUGCUUUGUGCGGUGUUUUCCGUGCUUUUCCCAUCCAACAGAACCUGUUAGCCUAGCCACCAUCAACUAAACAGCAGGCCAAACACAUUUCAGCUGGGCUCUCAAGGCCAGGGAGGUGGCGCUCUAAAGUGGGACAAAUGUGGUUGCAUAUGUGACAGUAUUUUGCUGUGUGACCUGGAGUUUUAUUUUUGCGACAAGAAAUACAAUAAAAAAUAAAGGAGUAGU